AUGUAUGAUUUCACAUAUGUUGAGAAUGUUGCACAUGCUCAUGUAUGUGCUGAAAGAGCUCCAGCUUCAGAUGGAUGCUUACUUUAUAACAAAUAUGAAACCAAUAAAGUUUUGGGGGUUUAUGUCACUUAUUCUUGUAGGGCUUGGGAAAGGAAAAAGCUUCGACAUCAUAGUUCUACAGUGCAAAUGCCAUUAGGAAUAACAAUGGCUGCAGAAAAGAGGUGCAGGUUAAUUGAAGAAGUUUCUAAUGUUGCUAAUCAGCUUGCUGAAGUAUUCCUCAAUGAUGAACCUAUAUCAGCUUCUGUUCUUGAGCUUGAAGUGUCAAUCAUAAUCCAAAGCUUAUCCUUUUUGGAUCAUGGUUUAAGGCAUUUACAACUCCACAACUUGAUCAGUUAA